CUUUUGACGGCUCGCGAUUUUUUGCCAGUCAGAGCAGCUGAUUGUGUUGCUCUUCAAGGAGACGCUUCACUUCACAAGGUGUCUGAACAUGGUGGCCAGGUAUUUGCUUACCAAUUUCGCGGCCCGAGGAAGUGUUCUGCUUUCAAAAAGAGGCCGAGCAAAUGUAGCAGCAGUUUUUCCAAAUGCGAGUGCCAGUGCCGUGAGGCCGUACGAUGAGAUUCCCGGUCCAAAACCCUUGCCUCUGAUUGGAAACGCCUGGAGAUUUUUGCCAUAUAUAGGCAGUUUUGAUAUAUCCGAUUUCGCAAAGUGGAGCAGCUCCCUCUUGGCUGAUUACGGAAAAAUUGUAAAAAUAUCAAACAUUCCUGGAAGAAAAGACAUGGUCCUCAUUUAUGAUCCGGAUAUGAUUGCUGAAGUUUACAAAAACGAAGGGCAGUGGCCGACGCGUUUUGUUAUAGAAAGCGUCAAGUACUUCAGGGAUAAAGUCCGGCCAGAUUUCUUCGAGGGAUAUCAAGGACUUGUGAAUGAGAAUGGUGAAAAAUGGCAGCAGGCACGAACUGUUGCUAACCAACCAAUGAUGAGGAUUGAAGUAGCAAACCUGUAUGUGCCAAAAUCAGACGAGGUCUCAAAAGAUUUUGUCAAACUCGCCAAGCAGCUAAGAGGCAGCAACAUGGAAAUGCCAGAGGAUUUCAAAAACGAAAUCAACAAAUGGGCACUUGAAUCAAUUUCUUUGAUUGCGUUGGACACGCGCCUUGGUUGCUUGCAAUUAAAUCUGGCAAAAGACUCCGAGGCGCAGCAAAUGAUUGACGCGGUCAUCAACGUAUUUAACCUCAGCUUUGAAUUAGAUUUCAAGCUUCCCAUUUGGAAGCUGAUUGCCACCAAAGAGCUGAAGGAGUUUAUUAAAUACGAGGAAGAUAUCUUGAGAAUAUCUUCAAAAUAUGUGGAGCAAGCCAUGCAGAAGAUUGGAGAUUUAAAUGCGCCCGAAACGCCCGACUCUAGCUUCUUACACAGAAUUCUAAAGCGCGAACCUAGCAAAAAGCGAGCGGUCAUCCUCGGCAUGGACACAAUUCUCGCUGGCGUCGACACGACCGCCAAUUCUGCUGCAAUGGUACUUUACUACCUUGCCAAAAAUCCCAAAGCUCAGGAGAAGUUGUACCAAGAGGUCAAAUCAGUAGUCCCGACCAACCCCAAUGAAAGCAUUACAUCUUCUCAUCUGAACAAAAUGAAGUACAUGCGAGCAUGCCUCAAAGAAGCGAUGAGACUUGCACCGGUCACAACGGGAAACGUGAGGCGCUUGGACAAGGAUAUAGUGCUUGACAACUAUCUGAUACCAAAAAACAAAGCGGACCUUUUUAUGUUCAACAGCACACUGUACUCGCAAGAUGAAUAUUACCCGCGAGCAAAAGAGUUCAUUCCUGAACGUUGGUUGAGAGAGGAUAUCAGUGAGUGCCCUGUCAAUAAAAAAGCUCACCAAGUUCAUCCUUACGUGUACAAGCCGUUUGGCCACGGAGUGCGGCAAUGCCCAGGAAUGCGGUUCGCAAAUAUGGAAAUCGAAACACUAAUCGCCAGGAUGCUUUUGAGUUUCAAACUGGAAUGGCACCAACCUGAUGUAAAACUUGUCAGCAAAGCUCUACAAGGACCUAUUUCACCCUUGAAAUACACACUUAUUGAUAGGAAAUGAUUAAUAGCAUUUUGGUUCCUUAUUUUAAAUGAUAUAUUAAAUUUUAUAAUUUUUUUAUUCAAGAUGAAAAAUAUAAAAAAGAAACACAAAGAUAAAUGAACUUAUAAAAUUCAUUUUACAUUAAUUUUUUUACAUAUAAAAAUCAUUCUACGUAUAAAUAAAUACGUCCCGAUUCCGGAA